AUGUUAGGAUUACAAAAAAAGUUACCGACUUUGAUUACGCGACAAAAUAUCCACAAAACUCCCAUACGAACAUUUUGGGAAUAUGUGAACAUGAUGUUUAAUAAGCCUGAUCUAGAGCGCAUCAAAACAUUAGGUCCUGAUCGUGCUUGCGCCGAAUGGGUUCUACGAAAUGGUGGCAAAGUUAUAUGGGCAGAUGGUAAAAAGUUGGCAGAUUACAAUUCUCUCCCACCUGAAACAGAGUUUGAUUCCAAAGUUGCAGUCAUUGAUGGGUCUGAAUCCUCUAUAUCACAUUAUGGCUUUGCCCAUUUAAGUGGAUGUACACAGCUAUGGAAAAUUAUCCUUCAUAAUAAUAAAUAUAUUGAUGAUAGAGCCAUGCAAGCAUUGGAACAUGGAAAAAAUACUUUAACCAAUGUCCAAGUAUCACAGUGCAUUAAUGUGACAGAUGUUGGUUUAAAAGAACUGAGUAUUAUGACAAAUCUGCAGACAUUAAUCCUGUUUAAUUUGACUAGUGUUGACAAUAUAGAAGAAUGUAUUAAACAAUUACACCUUAGUUUACCUAAGUGUAAAAUAAUAGAUGCUGAGGAGGAAUUAAAGAACUAA